AUGCUUUCUGUCCAGCUCUGCUGGAGCUUCAAUUUGCAGCCCGUGUAUCAGGACAAGGAUCUAGGCCAGAGUUCAUGGCUGAAGAAAUCCAUCAGGUCAAAGCAGGAGGAAAUAAUUUCUAAGGGCUUCUCAAAUUUGAGCCUCACAACAUUGUACCAACUGUUUAAAUCAAAGCUUGCUGGCUGGGAAGCUGCAUGCCAACAUCUUGUAACAAUGACAUGGGAGCUUGAGGUGUCAGAGUGGUACAUGACAUUCCUGGAUGGCUUGUAUCAUGAGAACAAAGAUUGUCUCCUCUUCAGUGAUGAAGAGUUGAAACGAAUCAGGAAUGUUUUCGCUGACUGGUCACAAGAAGAAAUUGAUGACGAUGUGAAUUACCUUCAAGCUGUUUAUGACGACAACUGUGAGAUACUUCGUGCUGUCACUGCCCAAGCAGAUGUACUCAAGAAACACUUAGGCUCACGUGCAUUGGAAGAUGUAUUGGGUUCCAUGGGGAAGUCUUCCCAUUAUCUGCAAUUCGUUGUUGCAGUUGCCCAGCCCUUCCCAAUCUGUACUGAUGCCUUCAAUCUUGGUGUGCGUAAUUCACAGCACAAGGGCAAGACUAAGAUCCCCAAACCAACUAGGGAAUCAGGGCUUAAUCUGUCCAGUUUACCAGCAGUUGACCAACUCAACCUUCCCACAGAACAACCUCAAAUGUCAGCUUUUGAUUUCAAUCCCUAUGGACAAACUCAACUACAGUGGCAAGGCAUGCAGCAACCCUCUUAUGGCAAUCAAAACCAGCCAUUGUAUGGUCAUGCGCAGGACCAGGCUCCUGCACAGGAGCAAUCAUUAUACGGAGAUAGGGAGGAGCAGGGGCAAUCGUUAUAUGGAGACGCUCAAGACCAUGGGCAGGCAUGGUAUGGAGGCAUGCAGGGCCCAUCAACUUAUGGAGACGUGCAGGGCCCAUCAAUUUAUGGAGAUGCACAGGGCCCAUCAACUUAUGGAGAUGUGCAGGGCCUGUCAUUUUAUGAGCAAGACCUAUCGUUGAAUGCUGACAGACAGGAAUAUGACUCUUAUGAUCACUUCUGGGAUGCACUCGACUCUGGUCCAACUGAUUUCCCACCUGAUGCUGGUCCUUCUGUCUAUCCAGGAGUUACCACACCUGUUCCUCGAUGGAUUGAGGAUGCUCCUGACAAAGGCAUCAGCAUUAUAGAUCAAGGAAACGGCCUGAGUCCCCUGGCCUCGGACCUGGCACUGAUCCGACAGGGGCAAAUCCCUCCCUCGGAGGUUACAAUGGGGCCUGCAUGGACAAUGACGAUGCACACAGUCCAGCGUGCAAAUAUGCCUCCAACACCAUACCUUAUAUUAAGAAAAAGCGGCAUAUCAUUGAUGAGGUUAUUUGAGAGUCAGUCCCGCAAUUCUUUGGGCCAAACGGAAUUCAUAACCAGUGCACGCUGUCAGGUGGUCAGCAAUGCACUAUCUGUGAGAUGUGGGAAGAUGGUCAAAUUUGCGCAUGAAGGUGUCUGUGAUGCAUUUCAACUAUUCCCCCUGCAAGGACAUGCUUUACCAGCAGAUCAGUAUCAUGCUAAUGGUAACAUGAUUAUUCGCACAAAAUUCCAGAGCCAUUUCGUCAUGGUGAAUGUCAUCCGAUUUGUUUGGUACUGGGGAUAUGCGUCAUUUCUUGGCAAGUCCCCCCUCAAGGCCAUCAAAUAUGUUCUAUGCGUAGCUGGCACAGCUACCCACUGCGCAUUGCAUGAACAGGGAAAGCACUCAUUGGAAGUUGACCCCUUUGGUGGUCAAAUCCACCAAAGCAAGUUCAACAAGAUUCUCAAUGUGAUUGAUCGUCUCACUCCUGCUGAGAAGGCCGAGCUCAAACAGUAUUUGCAGUAUGUGUUAGUGAUUGGGCCAUCGCAGGCACGAGACAACAUGACAUCUGACUCAGAUUCGAUGUAG